GGUACCCAACAUUCAAGUUAUCAAUUAAGAGUUUUUACUCGUGUUCCUUUGUGAACGUUUGUGCAAACUUCUGUCGAGAGUCUCCAGGAGUUUCACGUGUCUCUUAUCAACUAGAGAACGCGUCUAGUUGUGGCGAGCUUCUACCCAAUAGCAAUUGGCCUUAUUCACGAGUGGGUGAUUGUUUGAUUGGUUUCAUAUACCAAUUGGCCUUUCACACGAGUUGGAAUCUGUUUGAUCGUGUUCCAUAUCUAUCCUUUAUUUUCAAAUUGUCAAGAAAAGCUUCAAAAAUUCUGUCUAAAGAAGGAAGGCUGCAUACUUUGGUCAUAUAAUCCGAGUUCGAGGGUUCUCUUCAGAUUCAACGAUAUAAGGAUCAAUUGGGAGCAUUCUUGAUGGAUAAAAUGAGAUCACUUGUAUUGAAGCCUUUAUCUCUCAAUGAAAUCUAUGAGGAUCAACUUCAAAUGCAACAGAAUUUGAAGGAGAAAGAGUUUCAAGCCAAAGUAGAAGAGGAAGUCAAAGAAGACGUGGAAGAGAAAGAAAAGGUUCUUAUUGAUGGACUUGCUAUAGACACUUGUGAAGAGGAUUCACAAGCUUUGAUUUCAUCUUGAGAAGAACCAAAACUUGAAGUAGAGGAGAAAGUCGAAGAAGAAGCAGGAGAAGUAAAAGGAGAUAUUCUUAUUGAUGUUGAAGAUUUGAGUGCGCAAGAAGUUGAUCAAUUUAAUGAGAAACCAGAAUUCAAAGGAGGAUAUCAAUGCUUGGUAAUUAUGGAACAUUUACCAAUAGUUUCCGAGUAUGCUCAUAUUGAUUUUGUGAUUGGUAAUACAAUUUCUGAAAAGGCAACCCGCUUGGAGAAUCGACAAGAAAUUCAGCACUCUGUAGAGAGCUUUCAUCACAAUGGUGUCUUUACAACUCGUGGUCGAGUUGUCUUCAAGAAGGGGGCAAUAAUAUGAUCCUCGCCAAUGCAAUUUCGUUGGAAGAGCAAGAAGAACGGAGCUGAUCAAGGAUCAAGAUUCUAUAAAGAUUCGAGGUCGAAUCUUCUUCAAGAGAGAGGGAAGGAUGCAAUAUCGACAAGGAAGAUAUUUAAUUCCCGUGGUCCAAAAAUGAAGCUUCGAAUUCAACGAUAUAAGGAUCAAUUGGGAGCAUUCUUGAUGGAUAAAAUUAGAUCACUUGUGUCGUACAAGACGUGAGAUGCAUAGAAGAUAUUAUGCAUGAUGUAAUUAGGUGAUUAAAUUAUUGUUGGAUGGAUUUUUGGAUGGUCACGUGAAAAGAAAAGCAAUCUGUUUGCUUUAAUUAAUCUCCAAUUGAUCAAGAAAGGAAUGUGUCUGUGCAAGCUCUCGUGAAGAUGGAAGGAUUAAUUGGUGGGCAAGAUUUUCAAUUCCGCCAAAGAGAAGGUUUCCGCAAAGGACAAUAAGAGAAGGACGUCCGCAGCAGCAAAGGGAACGGAGACGUGAAGAUGCGGUGCAAUUUCGGUUUGUUAGAGUUAUUUAGUAGGUUUAUUAUUUAUUUAACUAGUAUUAUGUUUCCUAGUUAGUUUGGGAUUUGUUUUCCUAUUCCUUUUAGGUUAGAUUUAUGAUUUUGAGACCUCUAUAAAUAGAGGAUGUAAGACCUACGAAUUUUGUACCCAACAUUCAAGUUAUCAAUUAAGAGUUUUUACUCGUGUUCCUUUGUGAACGUUUGUGCAAGCUUCUGUCGAGAGUCUCCAGGAGUUUCACGUGUCUCUUAUCAACUAGAGAACGCGUCUAGUUGUGGCGAGCUUCUACCCAAUAGCGAUUGGCCUUAUUCACGAGUGGGUGAUUGUUUGAUUGGUUUCAUAUACCAAUUGGCCUUUCACACGAGUUGGAAUCUGUUUGAUCGUGUUCCAUAUCUAUCCUUUAUUUUCAAGUUGACAAGAAAAGCAUCGAAAAUUCCGUAAAAAGAAGGAAGGCUGCGUACUUUGGACAUAUAAUCCGAGUUCGAGGGUUCUCUUCGGAUUUGGAUCAUAUCACUUAGGGUUAUGCUUAACUUUCCAGAUGCAUUGAACUUCAUUGGAUGUUCCUAACCCAAGUUUUUCCAUAGUGUAGAACUUCAGACAUCAAUACUGUAUCUUAUGUACCUUAUUUUACAAUGGAAUUGUGCAGAAAUGUCUUGUAAUACGAGGGAUAGCAUGUGACGAGAGUAUUUCUAGGCUAGUGAGGUUUUAUCUUUCACCUGUUCAAAGAUGGCAAGUGGUGAUGUCGAAAAUGGCAUGGUGAAUCCUUUGUGACCUGAAAACGAGCUCGCAUAGUGAUAUAUAUUAGUGAUGGUUUGCUGCAGGUUUAGAAUCGUUGGCUGUUCAAAUUUCAAAGUACAUGGUUGUGGCUGGAAGAGCUUGCGGAGGGCACUAGGAUUUUGUUGACGUGUCGUGUUUCCAAGGGCUGAUGAUUUCAGUAGCCUGGUCUUGAUUGGGUGUUCCCAACACAAGCUGCUUUAUAUAAUGCACUCAUCCACCACCAAAAUCAACCUAGUUCAUUUGAUAUCACUAUGCCAACAAUUGUAUUUUUUUCGUUCUACUUAUAGAGAAUGUAAGGAAGCAGAAGUGGUUGAGUACCAUAUAUGGGUUUCUCCCAAUAACUUGAGUUACUGGGA